AUGGCACACCAUUCCACGAUCGAUCGCAGAGCCGGUCAGGCUGUUGCUGUUCCCUACAAGCGCAGGUAUGACUACCACGAGCUCGGUGAGCAUGUGACCAGUUUGAUCUUGAAGAGUUUGCCUCCAAACCUAUCGAUCAGCAGGUUAUGCGCAUUCUUAGAGAAGAUCACGCCGGGGAAGUAUGAUUUUAUUCAUUUGCCCCAUCACGAGCAGACUAGGCACAAUAUUGCUCUCGCCUUCAUCAACUUCGUCGACCAUGAUUCGGCCAGGACAGUCUACUACAUGUUCCUGCACAGAGACAGUCGCCCGUGGCGGCGAACCCGAGCGACCCCUGGAAACAUCCAGGGCCUUGAGAACAACUUGUCCUACUUCUUGGCACGCUUUGGUGUCGAGGGCCUGAAGAGGCCAGAUGCACCAUUGAUCUUCCAAGUUGGACAACAAGUUGAGAUUUCAGACCAGUUUCUCCGAGAAUGCUUGACCCCCGCGAAUUUGGCCUGCGGUCUGGCAAGUGCCACCAAUACCGGGCAAGAAGGGCAAAGGACAGUGCCGACCGCGCUGGUUGCGGCGCUUCAACCAGGAUUCUGCUUACUGGAGGCUGGUGCCCACAGUGAUAGCACGUCAUCCUCUCAGAGGUGCGGAUCCAGCUUGUCAGUGCAGUUGAAGGAGCGACGGCGCGACGGGCCGAGCUGCGAAGGCUCUGGUGAUUUUCCUCGAGAGCGGGGUCGAGAAGGGGACGACUUUCCUCAAGUGCCAAGUUACAUGCAUAGAGGGAUGAGGGUCUUCCAGCUCUAA